GCAGAUUUGUGUCCGCCUUCUCUCUCCUCUAAUCGGUGUCGGACUCUGCACACAUUUAGGACCGAACCGAACCGAACCAAAGGGAAGGAAGAAGACAGAUCUGGUCUCCGUGCGCGAGGCAACCAAAACUGAACCGCGCGCGGUCACGAGGGGAAUUGAGUCGGGAUCCUUGUCUCCCGGCAACGGGAGCGCUGAGCGGCACGUCGGCAUGUCUUCCAAAGAACGCGUGAAAUUGGGGAAGGAGGACAGCGUCACGCUGCUGCCAUGUUUUUAUUUUGUAGAGAUCCCUAUUCUCGCCCUGGCCAUCAUCAGUCUGUACUUCCUGGAGCAGACGGACCUUUUCCAGCCAGUGCAUUCUGGGUACAGCUGCAGCGACAAAAGCCUGUCCCUGCCCUACAACUUACACCAACAGGAAGUGUGUCCUCUGCCUCUGCUCUUCAGCUUGGUGUUUGCCAUACCCACGGCCACUAUUGUGGUCGGGGAGGCCAUCGUAUUCUGCUACCUGUCCAGGAGGUCAUCUACCAUGCAGAUUGAGACCAACAUCCACGCAGCCGGCUGCCAUUUUAACUCCUACAUUCGCAGGGCUGUUCGCUUCAUAGGCGUCCACAUUUUCGGCUUGUGUGUGACCGCGCUGAUAACGGACAUUUUCCAGCUGUCGACUGGACAGCACACCCCUUACUGGCUGGAUGUUUGCAAACCCAAUUUAACACACAUCAACAUGUCAACUUGCGACGAAGCUUUUAUUUUGGAGGAUAUCUGUUCCGGACAAGACAUCAGCCUCAUCACAGCUGGGAGGAAGUCCUUCCCCUCCCAGCAUGCAACCUUGGCUGCCUUUGGAGCGGUCUAUGUCUCAAUGUAUUUCAACACGGUGCUGACGGACUCCACCAAGCUGCUGAAGCCUCUUUUGGUGUUUUCUUUCAUCAUGUUGGCCAUCUUGGCCGGACUCACCAGGAUUAUUCAGUUCCGAAACCACCCUGUGGAUGUCUACUGUGGAUGGAUGCUAGGGACAGCUAUUGCUAUCUAUCUGGGCAUUUAUGCAGUGGGAAGUUUCCAGCCUUGCGAAGCCAAGCCAAGAAAGCGACGACCCGCCCUAACCCUAAGAAAGUCGCCCCCACCUUCUGUGCCGAGUGUCAGCCAAUCAGAAGUGAGCAACAACCGCCAAGUGGGCCACCACAUGUUGACACCCAGUCAACCGGAACCAAUCAACACCAGGUCCACCACCCACACCUUCUCCCCCAAUCAGGCAGAGCGGAUCCUCACACGAAGCUCCUCCUACCGGGAGCCAUCCAGGUCCAGUCUGAAGGUCGCCAAUGCUGAAGUGAAGGUCAUCGUUCCGCCAAGUCCUUUGGAGAGUUCUGACAAGUCCUUCAGCAGUAGCACACUGCCAAGGUCGCAUGGUGGCUCCUCAUCAGAGGGUUGUCGUAUUCCUCGGCGUCAUGCCUCGAUCCACACUUCAAUGGAUUCAGUGCGAUCCAAACAACUCCUCAACCAGUGGAAGAAUAAGAAUGACAACAGGAAGCUGUCUCUGCAGGUGAUGGAUGGAAUAAGAGCAGCUUCUUUAUCUCCUCAAAGAAAUGUGCAGUUGCAUUAUCCCUCUGAACCAUCGGCCAUGGUUUUGGCUCCAGAGCCCCAUAGUGGAAAUUAUAUGCCUUUGGUCCCUGGCCAGGAAGCUGGGGCCCACAUCCCUGCUCAGUACAACAAAAUACCUGCUGGCUGUGUUCCAAUAUCCAAUAAUAAUCCCCUCAACCAGAACGGAGGUGUUGGUUUGCCCGGUGGACCCAGAAUGACUAUUCAGUCUCGUCCUGGAUCGUCUCAGCUAGUUCAUAUUCCUGAGGAGGAGAAUUCUACGAGCAAGGAUCAGGAGAGUGAAUCAGAAGACAGCACGGUUGAUGUGUUUGGAUCAGCAAAACAAAACUGGAUGAGAGUAACAGAGAAGACAACUCUUCCAUGUAGACCACUCAGUGCAGGCGGUCAACCCAGACUCAUGCAGGUAAUGUCUUUCUCAAAACACCACGGCUUGCUCAACUCUACUCGAUCAGAGGACAGCGGCAGCGUUGUCAGUUGCACGGGAUCCAUUCGCUACAGAGCUCUUACGGAUCACGACCCGUCACCACCAGCGUCCACCACUGGCGCAGCGGAAGUAGAAGGCAAAGGUUUGGAGCGAACCGGCAGUAUAGUCCGUGUUGAAGCCCACCCAGAGUCGAGAGUAAAAAGGCCCUUUGUGAAACCUCCGAGCACUGAUGGAAGCGGCUCUUGGCGAUGGAAUCCAGCGGACAAACAACUAUCGCUACGGCAGCCAGCUUUUACCGUCAACAAUAUGGACUGCUACGAUUCCCUUAAGGAUGGCGGGCCAUUGGAUGGGCGGGAGAGUGAAACGGUGACCAAGUUCGAAAAUAAAAGUGUUGGAGAAGGAGUUUCAAACAGUAGUCUCCCACAUAUGAUAUAUUCACUCCAUCCGUCACAAACUAACAAACCCAACCAUUUUCAGGACCACGACUCAAACAAACCUCCCACUCUGAGUGCCAUAAACGCUCCUCCUUUCCAUCCACACCCUCAGGCUAUCACGACCAUCAGAGUCACGCCUGUGGAAGGCACUGGCGCCAGCAGUGAUGGCAGCUCCGAGUGCCAAUCGGUUGCGUCUUCCAGCCGAGAGUCUACCUUGCGGAAAAAGAGUGUGACCGACAUUCACCACACCCAAGACCAAGGGCUCAUCUCUGAUCACCUUCUCAGUCAGAAAAGCAGCUUCUUCGACAGUGAAAGUGGCAAUCAUUUCACUGAAAACCUUCACCAUUUUCAAGACAACCCAAUGCACCCCAACAGGCAGUUACAAGGAAUGCUUGGUCGUCCAAGUCCACACCCUCCACCUACUUUACCCCGCCCUCUGAUGACUUACCCCCCACCUUCACCUUCCGGGUUGGCCUUGAUGACGAGCUCGUGUGAAGUUCAUGCAUUUAAACGUUAAACUGUUGCUGAGUGAGUUUUUUCUACUCUGAGAAGUACACACAUUGAGAUCAUUGUGCCGACCGGACUGGGCCGGACCCAUUUGCGAACUACAUCUGUGUAGAAAACGCCACUGAGAACACUGUUCUUAACUGCAGGCUAAACAUUUGUCAGUGUGACCCGACUGAUUCAGUCCCUGCUUUACUGUUCCGCCCAGGAUUCGAUCCUGGGUCAUCCGGCAUGACCCGGUAACCAGCACUGCUCAUAAGUUUGUCAGAGAGUACCCAGCAGGAACAAGAUAUUGAAACAACGUUGAGAACUUGUUGAAUUAGGUCCUGACAAUAGGCAACUCAAACACAACAUUGAAACAUGCUUUUUGACGACGUUAAAUCAAUGUUGAAUUUUGGUAAUUUCCCAAACAAUAUUCUAAUGUUAAAGUUAAAGUACCAAUGAUUGUCACACACACACUAGGUGUGGUGAAAUUUGUCCUCUGCAUUUGACCCAUCCCCUUGUUCACCCCCUGGGAGGUGAGGGGAGCAGUGGCAGCAGCGGUGGGUGCGCCCGGGAAUAAUUUUUGGUGAUUUAACCCCCAAUUCCAAUUCUUGAUGCUAAGUGCCAAGCAAGGAGAUAAUGGGUCCCAUUCUUAUAGUUUUUGGUAUGACUCGGUUUCACCAUUGAAAUUUGGUCAUUCUAAAACACAAAUACAACGUUGAAACAACAUGCUUUUUGACGUUUAAUCAAUGUUGGGUUGUGAUGUUGAUUUGACCAUUGAAUUUUUCCAACCAACAACGUGGAUCUAAUGUUAGUUAUCAAUAUUUACAAACUACUUUG